CUGUGUUCAUUUUCUGUAUUCUCGGGGAUGCUUUCUCUGUGCAUCGUCGUCUGCUUGCUGUCUGCCCAUGCCAUAUCUUGUCCAAGUGAGGAUUUUGAAGAAAGUGUUUCCAGCAAACUGGCCGAGGCGAUUACCAAGCUGAGAAAUGACAAGAUUCUCACGAAGCCGUUCAUGUGGGGCACUGCUACGGCCGCCUACCAAGUGCCCGCUAGUGUGUAUCGCCAUAUUGCUGGCGAGACGCCCAUUGUGUGUGCAGGUGGAGGGAGGUUGGAAUGAAGGCGGACGAGUGCCGAGUCACUGGGACACUUUCACGCACACGAGCGCAGCCAAGGGCCUCAGAAAGAUCAGAAAUGAUGACAAUGUGAGGGGGAGGAAGCAGAGACAUGCCGCACUUCCUUGCUGUUUUCAGGGUGAUGUAGCCUGCGACUUUUACCAUAAGGUAAGUGUGCAAGUAAAGUCAGAGUCACGCUUGUUGAACGUGCGCAAUGUGCAAUCUAGUACAAGGACGACAUCAAGCUGAUGAAGGACCUAAAUUUCACCCACUUCCGCUACUCCAUCAGCUGGCCACGAGUCAUGAACGGAACUGAAAUCAAUGAGGAGGGUAGGAACAGUAGUAGACGCCAUGCUAAUUGCGCUUUUCUGCGUGUAUGAAAGGAGUCAGUCUGCCUGGUCUCUAUGCACAGGAAUUCAAUUCUACCGUAACUUAACGGCACUUCUCAUAGAGAACGGCAUCGAACCAGUCGUGACGUUGUACCAUUGGGAUCUGCCAGAGUAGAGGGCCAGCCCACAAUGGCCACGCCAGCCGCUUCAGCUGAGUACAACAAUGAUUGCUGCCUUGUGUGCUGUUUGUUUGACCAGCAUUUACGACUGGCGGAACGAAACCGUCAUGGAGGCUUUUGGCGAGUUUGCGAACCUGAUGUUCGAUGAGUUGCAGGGCGUCAAAUUCUGGAUCACCGUAAGUUAGCCUCGCACAGUCCAGCCAGACGGAUACACACCCAUAGGAAGGGAUUGUGUCGGCAAUGUGUGUCACUCUAGUUCAAUGAGCCCUAUAUAUUCUGCAAGUUUGGAUAUCAUCUAGGCAACCGUACUCAGAACAAUAGCAAGCAAGAAACAAUGGUGAAGCUGUGAUGUUCGCUUCUAGACGCCCCUGGGGUCAAGUCUGCAGCUGACCACCUCAAGUGUGGCCACAAUGUCCUCAAGUCACACGCAAAGGUGCCGAUGGGACAGGGUUGAGGGAAGCACCCUUAUCCUUUGGAGUUCAAUGAGUGUGUAUGCAGGCUUAUUCCAUCUGGAAGGAACUGUACGAAAAGGAGCGGCCAGAUGCCAUGGUGGGCAUCACCCUUAACUCCGAGUGGUACGUGCCCUUUGAUGGCAACGACCCCGACGACCUGGAUGCCGCUCGGGCGUUAACGGACCUGCAAGUUGGAUGGUUCGCCGACCCGGUGGGUAGGCAGACAGACGAAGAGGGCAGCACGCCACUCCUGUGUUGCGUGUGGCCCUGGUCCACACGUCAAUUAAGAUAUACGGCACUGGCGACUAUCCCGAGUCUCUGAAGGCUCACUAUGGUGAUGACAUGCCUCUCUUCACAGAGAAGGAGAAAGCCGCCGUGAAGGGCUCGGCAGACUUCUUCGGACUCAACCACUAUACGACUCGGUAAGACACGUACAGACAGGGAGACACAUUCAGACAGAGACCGGCUUGACCGCAUUGUGCCGUGUGCAUGAUAUUUGCAGCUACGUCAAGGCCACAGCAGAGGGUGGCUACCGCAAAAUGACAAUGCGCCGAAGUGUCCCGAUUGGUCCGCAGGCGGCAUCCAGUUGGCUGUAUAUCGUCCCAUGGGGAUUUAGCAGGCUUCUCAAAUACGUUAACCAAAGGUGGAAACCCAAGAGCAUCAUUGUCACCGAAAACGGUCGGUCAGCGCUGGAUAGUGGGUGUGAGAGACACUAACACGUGUGCCUUCCUCCAUCGCAGGCAUGUCUGAUGAGGAUAGCAACGACACUGCUUCUCUAAUUGACGAUCAGAACAGGUCGGACACGAAGGCCGAUCCUAUUCGGACUCCGUUGGACUUGUUUCAGAGUCUGGUACUACCAGGAGUACCUGAAGGAGAUGGCCAAGGCCAUGCUGGAAGGCAGCGUGCCGGUCGCGGGAUACUUCGCCUGGUCUCUAAUGGACAACUUCGAAUGGGCGGAAGGAUUUGAUGAACGGUACACACAUCAUGGAAAAAGCCACAGCGGGAAGAUGCCACCUCGUGUUCCUCCUCCCCUUCAGCUUCGGUCUGACCUAUGUCGACUUCAAUGAUCCGGAGCGCCCACGAACGGCCAAAAGAUCUGCAAAAUACCUCGGGUUCAUACACUGGGUGCCCAUGUAUCUGAUUCGCUGGGGGUUUCUCUUCGUUUACAGAGCCCUGAUUCCGAGCGUCGAGGCUCAAAUAGGGGCCUGUCAGUCGCUCGAUAACCUCACUGCCAAGUCAGGGGGGGAGGGAAUAUGAUGAGAUAGGAGCGCCGCCUCUCUGAUUCAUGCUUUCCGUCUGAUGCUCGCAGUGGGCAGCUUCGUAUUCGAUUGUGAGCACUCUGAGCCAAACGAAACGAAGUCGCUUUGUCCGCACGAAGAAACAUCAGGAGAGGACUGGAAGUGGUGGGUGAGGUGGAAGGCUGAGGGUCUGGCCUUCGAAAUCCACCCGCUGCGCUGCUCUCCCUUGCACUCUGCCUCGCCUCUCUAAGUUUACCGUAAUCGUAAAUCACAACAACGCAUUGGCCUUUCAAAGUCAUGAGUUGCCCUCCUCCGUCGGGGGCUCGGGACUCGCUCCGCGUCGGCGUUGCGAAAUGCAUGCAAAGCUCGCAUGAAAGCCCCCAAGCUCGCAUGGAAGCCCCCGCAAAAAGACGGUACCGAAUGAAAAAGUCUCGCUGGCCCCAAUUACGAACGAACACGAACUUCGG